AUGCAGCGACUUAUCUUCACUGGUCUUCUUAUUACUUUGUUGUUGGGUGCUGUUUUCUCUUUUGAAAUGAUAACUGAAACGAAUGUAUUGGCUUUCAACAACAGCGAGCAGCAGCAAGCCGUAUUUCAUGAUAUGAUUAGUCGUCAUAAACGUUCUGCUGGUGGUUGCCCAGCAUUUUGUGGUGGUUACUAUCCCGAUUGUCGUUGUGGUUAA